ACGUGGACAUCCACGAUGCCUGUGUCUACGGCAAUCUCCUCUGUAGCUGUCAUUGGCAAAACGUUGAGGCCUCGAGAUUGCAACAGCCACAUCAAUGUAAAGGAAAUAAAUAACCCUCCCUAUCUCUACAUCAACUCCACAAAUGCUACUGACAGGUUCACUGUAAUAAUGGUGGAUGCUGGUCCCCAAGGAAGAGGUCCUGACUAUCUUCACUGGAUGGUCACCAAUGUAUCGAUAAACACACCAAACUACCAACAUCUAUCACCAAUUAAUAUUAUUGUUGAUUAUGAGAAACCGUUGUUGAUGAUGAGAUCGCCAACACUGAUACGUUUUCUUGUGUUCCGUCACGACAACGUGUUGAGAGUCCCAUUCGGGGAACUCUGGGUCACCCGCAAGAGAGACUUCUCCCUCAGCUUGUUGUACAGCAACACAUCGCCUACACUGCGACUUUGCGGUCCUGUGGCGGGAAUUCAGUUUCUGGGUCCACGACGACUCGGGCCAGACCGUAUUCCCUCCCGGGGCCCCGCCAGGUCCUGUAUACGUCCCUGUAGUACCUGUCCAGCCUGGCUACGUGCCAGUGGGAGUUGCUCCUGUCCCUGCCCAGUCCGGCUACGCCCCUGCUCCUGCCCAACCCGGUUACGCUCCCGCCCCACCCGGUUACGCUCCCGCACCACAACCUGGUGUUAUACCCAGCAACCCUCAACACACAUACACGAAUUUUCCCAAGAAAAGUGCGGCGGUGAUUUCGCAUCCCCUUCAAUGCCUUCUAGUACCUGUUCUUAUGAUUGCAGUAUUUUGGAUUAUUUAAUUGUUUUAGUUGAUUUAUAUAAUGCUGUUGUGUAAUGUAAUUUUUCAUAAUCCAUUGUGGCUAGUAUAUGAGGUCAAUUUAAUUUGUGAUUUGUAUGUGAUAAUGUAGUAUAUUAUGUAUUUAAUUUAACAUAUGUAACAUCAAAUAUUGUUAUAAUUUAUUUUAAAAUUAAUUACAUUAGUUACAUAUACUAUUCUAUGAAUGUGCAUUAUACCGACAGUUUUAAGGGUUAAUUUUAUGAAAGUUUGAUUAAGCUGAUAGCAGCUUUAGAUUAUUCAACAAAAAACUAUCGUUGGUCUGAAAAUUGUAUGUUCAGCUAUAUGAGAUUUUAGGUAAGUACGUGGUAUGUUUUCUUAUACCAAAUAAAAAUCGUCCUUAAUUUUCUGUGUAGCACACAUACUAGCACGUCAGGUGUUUACAUUGCAAUGUAUCUAAGGUUUAAAUUUUGGAGGACUCAAAAUCCAUAUCAUAUUCCAUGGGGUUGAGGCCAAAUGGAAACUUCUUAUUUUCAUCAUAAUUCAUUAAACAUAAAGGGCGUUUGAAAAUGUAAAUGGAAACUCUGAGAAAUGGGUAAAUGGGUGGGACAAAAAUGUGUUCUCUUUUAUUGCCCAAUCUCACUUUUGUUAACACCUACGUUAAUAUUUGAACAUUUGUAACUCAAAAACAGUUGAAGUAUUUAUAUUAUUAUUUCUUAACUCAGACUACAAAGUUAUAACAUAUUGUUACUGCUUAAAAAGAAGGGUAAUAUUUAAAUGUUGAUAUUAAUUUCUAUAAAUUCUUGUUCUGAUCUAAUAAAAACUUAGCGUCAGAUUAAAACUAUAGGACACUAUAUAUUUUAUUCAUCUUAUGAAAUUGAAUUUAACAAAAUUUAAAUAGGCUUUACGUACAUUAUACUUAAAAAAUAAAAAUGUAUUUUGCAAUUAAAAAUUAAUUUCUUGAUAAAUUAUUAUUUUUUGAAUGUUUCUAAACAUAAUAAAUAUCUGUACUAAGGUAUACAAAUUUUCCCAUUCGUUUUGUAUUAGGCCUACUUCGGUUUAAUUUUUUUAAAUUGAUACUUUUUUGAAAUCGGACUCACUUUGAUCUAAUAUUGAUCUAAAAUGUUAUAAUUAAAAUGGGCUUUUCUACAUAAAAGCUGUCUGCAAUAUGGUGGUAAAAUAAAAUUCGUAACUAUUUCAGAUAGUUGGUAAUUCUGGAUUUCGUUUCAAUACUAGAACAUAUAAAUAAAAGGAGUAGUUAAAUUUGAAUUUUCGUUUUGUAAUUGUAGUGCCACUGAAAAUCAAUAGUUAUUUUGAAAUGUAGAAAGUUUUUUUCCAGAAUAUUAAGGAAAAUUUUGUACCUAUUACAAGUUACCUCUGUCUUCAUUUCCUAGGCACCAGUAAUCUAACUAAACUAACUAGCGAAUUUAAACCUUCCUAUUACACCCUUCAACACUUUUCCUCUUUCGUUUUCUCUUAGUAACUGUUUAUUUAAUCUCAAUCAUAAAUACUAAAUGAAAAUAUGUUUUUUAGGGUACAAAGCAUUUUGACACAAAAAAUAGUUUUGUUUUUACCUCUUUAGGAAUACAAAAUAUAUCUGACCUAGUAAAAUAAUCAUGUGCUUUUGUUUAUUACAGACUUGUGAAUUAUUGGACAAUGAGUCUUUCAAUAAAGAAUAUUUUAAAGUGUGUUUUAUAUGGGUUUUUGUUUUGAAUCGUUUUAAACGUUGCCUACUAUUUUCGUAGUUUGUUCAUACAAAAACUUUAUGCUAUCAUAUUUAUAAUACUGAAAGUUGACAUAAUUAAUUAUGGGAAAUGAAAACAUGUUGUUGUUAUGUAACGCAAUAAAAUGUUGUUUAAACGAA